UCAUCGCACGGGAAAUAAUGUACAGUAUCGUAUUUAAGUGUGUGUGUGUGGGGAGACACCGACGCCGCACAUGCUCAGUCCGCAGCUCCGCCUGCUGCUCCUCGUAGGCUCCUCCCUGGCGUGCGCGAGAGGAGACCGAGAACGCAAGCGGUUCAGAGGGGGGGUGCGUCGCGCAGGCAGGACCGAGGAGGAAUCACCACAGCCCCGGCCGGGACUGCCAGACCCGACCCGCUGGAUCCCUGGAGGAACGGAGAGAACACGUCGCCCAAGGGAGAGGAGCUCUCUUCAGGUCUAUGUGAAACCAUAUACUGGAUGAAAGCGCUCUCUCAUGCUGUAGGAUGUUCUCGUCUGUGAAGGCCUUCGAGGGGCAGCAGUACUCCACCCUGAAGAGGCAGUGCCUUGCCAGCGGCCUGCUGUUCGAGGACCUGCGCUUCCCCGCAGUGGAUGACACCCUCUUUUACCAGGGCAACAGGAUCGGACGUGUGCACUGGAAGAGACCCCGGGAGCUCUGUGAGGACCCUCACCUGUUUGUGGAUGGGAUCAGUGCGCACGACCUGCACCAGGGCCAGCUGGGAAACUGCUGGUUUGUGGCAGCGUGCUCCAGCCUGGCCUCCAGAGAGUCCCUGUGGUCUAAAGUCAUCCCAGACUGGAAGGAGCAGGAGUGGGACACAGAGACGCCUGAGUCAUAUGCCGGAAUCUUCCACUUCCGCUUCUGGCGCUUUGGCGAGUGGGUGGACGUGGUGAUUGACGACCGGCUGCCCACGGUGGACAACCAGCUGGUCUACUGCCACUCAGAUGACAGUAACGAGUUCUGGAGCGCACUGGUGGAGAAGGCCUAUGCGAAAGUAUACGGCUGCUACGAGGCCCUGGACGGUGGGAAUACGGCGGAUGCACUGGUGGACUUCACAGGGGGUGUGUCGGAGCCUAUGGACCUGCUGGAGGGCCAGAUGGCCACGGACGAGGUGGCCCGCAACCAGCUGUUUGAGAGGGUACUGAAGGUCCACAACCGGGAUGGCCUCAUCAGCUGUUCCAUCCGGGCAACCACUGUGGAGGACAUGGAGGCGCGGCUGGACUGCGGCCUGGUUAAAGGUCACGCAUACGCGGUGACGGAUGUGAAGAAGGUGCGUCUGGGCCAGGGCCUGCUGGCCUUCUUCAAGUCAGAGAAGCUCAACAUGAUCCGCAUGAGGAACCCAUGGGGAGAGAAGGAGUGGAGCGGGCCCUGGAGUGACAGCUCAGAUGAGUGGAAGAAGGUGAGCAAGAGUGAGAGAGAGAAGCUGGGUGUCACCGUGCAGGACGACGGAGAGUUUUGGAUGACGUUUGAUGACUUCUGCCAGUACUUCACAGACCUGAUCCUGUGCCGCCUCAUCAACACCUCCUACCUGAGCAUCCACAAGACCUGGGAGGAGGAGGUGAUGAGGGGCUCAUGGGUCCCCCGCCAAGAUCCCCUGAGGAACCGCUCUGGGGGCUGCAUCAACCACAAGGCUACCUUCCUGCAGAACCCACAGUUUGUGUUUGAUGUGAAGAAGGUAGAGGACGAGGUGUUGAUCGCCCUGCAGCAGAAGGAGAGGAGAGCCACCACCAAAGAGGGCAAAGGAGAUAACCUGGCCAUAGGCUUUGACAUUCACCGGGUGGAACUGAACAGAAAGUACCGCAUGCACAUGUCCCAGCAGAAGGUGGCGGGCUCCAUCUACAUCAACUCGCGCUGCGUCUUCCUCAGGAAGGAGCUCAAAGAGGGUCGCUACGUCAUCAUCCCCACGACUUUUGACCCCAGGCAGCAGGGUGACUUCCUGUUGCGGGUCUUCACCGACGUGCCUUCAGACUGCAAAGAGUUGAACCUAGACGAGCCCCCCCAGACGUGUUGGACGGGCAUGUGUGGUUACCCCCAGCUGGUAACCCAGGUCCACGUUCUGAGUGCAGAGGGACUCCAGGGCCAGGACUCUAAUGGGGCCUCUGACCCGUACGUCAUCAUCACCUGUGAGGGGGAGCGGGUGCGCUCACCGGUGCACAAGGACACACGGAGCCCCAACUUCGACGUCAAAGGCCUGUUCUACCGCAAGAAGCCCAAGGAAGGCAUCCACAUUGAGAUCUACAAUAAAAAUGUGAUUGUGGAUACCUUCCUGGGUCAGGUGACCCUGUCCAGUGACCCGAACGACCGGCAGGUGCAGCACACGCUCCACCUGCGCGACAAGGGCAAUCACCAAGACAACGACCUCCCAGGCACAGUCACCGUGCGCCUCAUCACCUGCACCACACUCAUCAACAUAUGACGUCCCUUCCGUCUCCACUCUCGCCAUGGAAUGUCGGAGCUUUACCUUUGACCUUUGUCAUCAUGGCAACCUUUUGCCUCCCCCUCCCCUCCCCACCACUAAACCAAGCAUGGCAAUUAACCUGUUAACCCUGGGAUCUAGCUCCACCUGACCCAGGGCUCCCCUAAACAUAUACAGACACAGCUUGGUGUCUUUUUUUCUCUUUCUCUUUCUCUUUCUCUUUCUCUUUCUCUUUCUCUUUCUCUCUCACUUUCUCUUUCUCUUUCUCUCUCUCUCGCUCUCGCUCUCUCCCCCCUCUCUCUCUCUCUCUCUCUCACACACACACACACACACACACACACACACACACACACACACACACACACACACACACACACACACACACACACACACACACACACACACACACACACACACACACACACACACACACACACACACACACACACACACACACACACAGGCCGUGUCUGAAUACUUGUACUUUCAUUCUAAAUAGUAGGUAAAUAGUAGUAGUAUGCGAAAAUAGAAAGUUUCAUAGUAUUUGACAAACAGUAUGCUUUAAAACUUAGUGUGCUUUAAUUGCCAGGAUGCCAUACUGAUUUCAUUUUUUCAUCUAGUAUAAUUUGCUGCACACUAUUGAGGCAGAGAAGCAUAAUUUCAGACCCACGUGUGAUUGACAACAGCUGAUAAUAAUCUAUUCAUCAGAAAAGAGGACGGGCUGUACCAAAAUGAACGAAUAGCGGGAACUAACUGAUUAGGUGACGCAUUCUCAGUGUGGGUGAGUCUAGUAUGCUGAUAUGUUCCUUACUGCAUACAUAUACUAAACAGUACAUUCUUAAUAGUAUGUAGCAUGAUUAGCACACAGUAUUUAGUUUUAGUAAGUAGUAGACAAGACUGAUUUCAGAAACAACCACACACUCCUAUCUCUCUACAUGCCUUCAACUCUCCCACACACACACACAUACCUUUUAACAUGCGCCUGCACUCCCCAGUGUCACUAAGGGCUAUGCAUCGCCUUAAGGCUGAGUGGGUCUCUUUAGGACCCUGUGUCUUUUUAGGACCAGCCAUAUGUCGGGUGGGAGGGGGUCAUGGUAUUGGGUGGUAUACUGGGACCCCUCUAUCCAUCCUAUUCGCUGAGUGUUUUUUACUCUGUCUCUUGACUGAUGUCGCAGCCCCAUUGUAGUCCCAGAAAGACCAUAUUAUCAGCCGUUACUGUUUCUUCCAUCAGUGACUGGGUGUCAUUUGGGAUGCAACCUCUGUCUAUCAUCCACUUUCUAUAGUCCCCACAAAACAAGCCAACUACCAAGAAAGUGACGCCAAAAGCACCGAUGACCUCCCGUGUGGGGGCUGCUGGUGUUUAUGUGAGUGUAGCCUUGCCUCCUCCCCCUUCCAUCCCAUCCAUCCCCCUUUCCUCCUCCCACUCCCCUCGGACUACGCUUCUGCCGGUUGCCAUGGACGAUAUCGAGUUUAGCAUGGCUAAAAAAGACUGCCUGCAUUACACACACACACACACACACACACACACACACACACACACACACACACACACACACACACACACACACACACACACACACACACACACACACACACACACACACACACACACACACAUAGCUUAGCUGUGGAGCUCCGCCUGCCAUAAUCAAGUGCUUUACGGGACCAAAGACAGAUCAGGCUUUUCCUUCUCUCUCUCUCUCUUGCCGGCGCCAGUCGCCACUGUGCCACGUCAACCGGUCUUCUCUAUGGCAACGCCACUGCCUGACACUUCCUGAGUCCAGGGACUCCUGUCAUGUGACCUGGGCUUUCAACUUGUGGGCCUUUGAAUCAUGUGACCCAAGAAACAGUAGCUGUCGUCCCUCUGUCUGCGUAAAUCAGUUGUGUGUGUGUGUGUGUGUGUGUGUGUGUGUGUGUGGGGGGUGAGUGUGGGUUGGGUGUGCAUGUUUGCGAACAUACAUUUAUACGUGUGUUAUGUCUGUGCCUUUGGACACAUCAUGCACCUCACUUAGUUCUGACGGGCUCACGGGCUUGGCUGGAUAUAGGGAUGAGUGGAAGAAGAGAGAGAGCGAAGGACGGAGAGAAGAGCGGGAGGAACUCCGUCUGUCGACUCCUGCCAAAAACAACCUGUGCCAUAGCCUUGGUCCUGGCUCUGACUCUGUUAUGAUUCUAUACUGUUCCAGAAAGAAACACAGACAUUUUGGAUUAGCAUCACUGUAAACUCAGUGCUAUUUGAAAUGGUAGUUUGAAAAGUGUGGCUUUUUGUCUUGCCAAGACUGAGAGAGACUAUGUCUUCAUACAGAACCAUCACUGGUACAAACAGUUAGCAUAUCUUCUCAUGUAGGUCAUGUCACGCUCUUUUGACCUGCUUUCCACAGGCUAAUUAUCUCAAUCUUUGACAGUGGCAAGCGUUGGAGAUAAAAGAGAUGCGCUAUGUUGUCAUGUUGAGUAUCUUUUCAAAAGUGUUAUAUGAUUGCAGAGACUUUUGGAGAACAGGAUCUGAUAGUAUGUCUGUGUACGUCUUUUGAAAAUAAUUUAUUGUUUACAGCAUCGUCGAGAGGAUCAGUCAAGAAACAACGACAGAUCAGUUGUGAAUCAUUCCCAAGACAUUUAUUUUUUGAAUGUAAUGCGGAGAGCAUCGACCAAUCUCUCUGUUUAUCAAACCAUCAAGCCCUUUUACUUGUUUACUUGUGUGAUUUCCAGCGCCUUUUUUUCAUUACUUGAACAACAAUGGCAUUUGUACAUUUUUCAAAACUUUUAUUGUCACAUUUGUUUAAUUAUACUGAACAAAAAUAUAAACGCAAAAUGCAAUAAUUUCAACGGUUUUACUGAGUUACAGUUCAUAUAAGGAAAUCAGUCAACUGAAAUCAUUGGAGUCUGGUGGCGGGAGCUAUACGAGGACGGACACAUUGAAAUGGAAUGAAUGAAAUGGAGUCAAACAUGUUGUUUCCAUAUGUUUGAUGUGUUUGAUACUGUUCCAUUUAUUCUAUAGGAGCCCGUCCUCCUAUAGCUCCUCCCACCAGCCUCCACUAAUUUAAAUACAUUAAUUAGGCCCUAAUCUAUGGAGUUCACAUCUUUGCAGGGACGCAGCCAUUGGUGCGCCUGGGAGGGCAUAGGCCCAUCCACUUAGGAGCCAGGCCCACCCACUGGGGAGUCCACAAAAGGGCUUUAUUACAGACAGAAAUACUCCUCAGUUUCAUCAGCUGUCUGGGUGACUGGUCUCAGACGAUCUCGCAGGUGAAGAAGCCAGGAGGUCCUGGGCUGGUGUACACGUGGUCUGUGGUUGUGUUGCAGGUUGGACGUACUGCCAAAUUCUCUAAAACGAUAUUGGAGGAGGCUUAUGGUUGAGAAAUUAAUAUUAAAUUAUCUGGCAACAUCUCUAGGGAACAUUCCUGCAGUCAGCAUACCAAUUGUACGCUCCCUUAAAACUUGAGACAUCUGUGGCAUUGUGUUGUGUGACAAAACUUCACAUUUUAGAGUGGCCUUUUAUUGUCCCAAGCACACGUUUCACCUGUGUAAUGAUCAUGCUGUUUAAUCAGCUUCUUGAUAUGCCACACCUGUCAAGUGGAUGGAUUAUCUGGGCAAAGGAGAAAUGCUCACUAUCAGGGAUGUAAACAAAUUUGUGCACACAAUUUGAGAGAAAUAAGCUUGGAACAUUUCUGGGAUCUUUUAUUUCAGCUCAUGAAACAUGGGAGCAACACUUUACAUGUUACGUUUAUAUUUGUAUUCAGUAUAAUGAAUGUGUCUUAGAUUGUUUUUAAUCAUAUGUCUUUAAUCAUAUGUCUUUAAUCAUAUGUCCGUGUCCUUGUAUUGUUCUUCUAUUGUUACUAUUCCAUACUUCUUUAUUCUUUCUUUCUUCAAUGUGGGAAACAAACGGUAUUGUAAGAAUCAGCAUGUUUACACUAUUGCACAUCAUAUCAGAAUCAUAUCAAGAGGUUUGAAAUGGUCCCUUUACAGGUACUAAUCAGUGACACCCACCAUUCAUGAUGAUAUAAGCUUUUAGUAUUAAUGAUCAUUUGUAAAUUUCAAAUGACGAAAGCGCUAUUUAAAUGCUGUGUGACAUAUGUCCUUCUAUUGUGUUGAGUUGCAGACUAAGGCAGAUAGACAGGUGGUUGUUUAAAAAACAUUGGGUAGUGGUAUGAUAGAUGGUUUUCGCUAAUGGUUUAAUUACAUUUGACAGGUAUAAUACUUUAUUACUUGUUAUAAGCGCUAUGAAUCUUUUAGUUUAUAAUUUCUUGUUAUAUAAGGCUUAAAAUAGAUUAUGUCUCUAUGAAGGACAUUUUCAAGUUACUCAUAUUGACUGUAAUUUAUUCAGGAUAAUUUUGAGAUGAUAAUAACAAGACAUUAUAGAUGCUUAUGACAAGUGUUAUAAAGCAUGACGAGGCUGUAUGGAAGUUGAAUUUCUUAUUGUUUCCCUCAAAGUUUGGCUUUAUUGUUAGCAAUCAAUCAAUAGAUAAUCAAUUUUAAUGAUAUCACAAUCCAUUUCUUAACUCAUGAAACCAAACACCCCUUCAUUUUAGGCUAAAAAUAUGCUUUCCCUCAUGGGUGUGGGAGUGGUGUGCUCCUCUCGGUCUGAUGAGGUCAUUUCUGGGCAAUAUUUCUUCCAUUUAGGGGAUGCUUUUAGACUCAAGAUCCCCCCUAGAGGUCAACGUUCUGUACAGUCUCUUUAAGUAAUGUAUUACAGAGAGUCUAAUGCUAUGGACGGUAUAUCAUGGUAGAGAGAGGUAGAGGUAACAGUGAUAGAGUGCCAUAGAGCAGAUGCAGGUGUGGCAGGGUUAAAAGACAUUGUGCCAAGCCAAGUAGAUUAGUCUUUCAUGGUAGGGGAAGGAGAGGUUUUCGUGCCAAAAGGGGAAUGGUUAGUUGGCUGUUGCCACGAUGUGGCAACGUGUGCCCAUUCAGCCAGACUGGCACUCGGUUCUACUCAAAUCAGGGGCACCAGUGGUGGGCAAGUUGGCAGCAGCAGCCAUUUUGGUUAUUUGUAAAACUCAGUUUCACAACAUUGUUGUGCACCCCACAUACAAACAAUGUCUGAAGUUGGCUAAUUAACCCAAGUCCCUAUCAUCAGCUAAUGCUGUAUUGCAAGUUCUGUUCUGACCAUAUCUGAACCAUUUCAGGCCUCAGGACCAAGGGGUUGUAUCACAUAGGGUAGAACAUUGCUGGUCUUUUUAACUCAUGUGUGCCACAUAUGUGCCAAAAUAGAACUGAGGAAAAAGACUGUUGUACUGUAGAGAUGUGUUUUGUUGCUUAGAGUUCUACUGUAAAUGAACUUUGUUUGCUACACUGGUGGACGUACAAGUAGCUAGUUCAACAUUGUGAGACUUUUCAGACCUUUUACUUUCCAAUAUGCUUUAUUUUGUGUCUUUGACAAAAAUGUAUGAUGUUUGUGAUCUCAUUGCAUUCUUAUCAUUUGCCAAAAGCAACAGUCACUCAAGGUACAAUUGGUAUACCCUGGGUGGGCGGAGUGUCAAUUCACUGAUCUGGUUGCCUGGUUAGCAUUGUUGUAUGGGUUUUCUGGUGGCCCAUGCCAAAUGUUUUAAGUACAAAAAACACAUCAGAACAUUCAGAACUUUGGCCAGUUUUAUAUCAAGCCAAUAACACCGACGCAUGUAGCAAACGACUUCAAAUCAGCUCACACAGUUUGAUUUUCAAAGAUAAUAUAUUUUUAUUCAAAGUGUUGUAAACAUUGUUACUACUUUGAUGCAGCUUAUGUUGCAUAAUUGCAUGUAUUUGACAGAUUCUGAACAUUUGAAUUCAGCAUUCUAAACAGUAUGUACUGUAUAUGAAAGUGGCAGCAACCAAAGUGUUUGUCCACUACUGUGACAGAUGUAGAUAUAUUGUGACGAACACGAACACCCUAUCACCGAACCCAAUAACAAUAUCACAUGUUAAGGAUAGGAUCAUUACACUACUCCUUCCAUUUCAGAAAACAUGUCCCCUUCUGCACUAUCACAAGGUCUGCGUCUUACAGGACAACGUUUCGAAGGCCAUGAGCACUAUCCCACUUCUGACACCAGUUUGAUAAACUUGGAAGUAGUGCUAAGUCCCUAGCGGGCUGUAAACUCUGAGUUUAAAGACAAGCACCCAAUCCACAAUCACAAUAGGGAUAUCCCAGUUGGGAGGGAUUGUACAAUAUAUUCCAGACAUUUAUUUCAGAGGUAAGAGCAUAAUAGUUGAGAGACAUUUAAGGCAAUAUUCCGUGACAAUACUUGUAAGAUGGAUACUUAUCUAGUUACGUUUUUAAACAAACAACGUUUCAUCAUUGUUGGACAUGGACAACCUGAAAAAUGUGAGGAAUACCGAAAACGUAUGAUUGCAGAGUCUUUGUGUGUUCACCAUUUAUUUAGAUUUAGUGUUUUUAUUAAAGCCUGUGUAAUGGCAAAACAGUACUUUAUAUGUUUCAGUUGAACACACACGUCAACAUGGUGCAAUGAUUUACAUAGGUGAGCUCGUUUAGCUAUCCUUGGAGCUGCCUUGAGCUCGUUUGCCUGCAUACUGCUGCAUGUUAAGGACAUUGGUCAUGAAACUUCAUUAACAGUUGUGCCAGGUGUUACAUCAUCUUUACGAUAGCAUAAUGUAUACUGUAUGACAUUGCUGACUCAAAUUCACCAAGACAAGUGACACCUGUGUUCUUAUCAUUGGCGGCCAUGUUUUCCAAUAUGGAGUCUGAUGCGUUUGACAAAUGAGCUUGUGAUUCUCUUGUACUUUUCUGCCAAUGUUUAUUAAUUUGAGACUAGAAUAUACUGCAUGGUGAAACUUAUAGAAGAUACUAUGGUCUUUAUAACAAGUGUCUUUUAUUAUCAAUAUUUUGUACUCUUGCUAAUUUUAUAUAUCCACUUAAACUUGUGUUCUCUACGCUUAUAUGUUUACUAAUAGCUAGACAUUGAAAGGCUGUAUCUUAUGUACUGUAUGCUUGUCUGUGUGUCUUUUUUUGUUACCGUAUGCGUUUGUUCGAUUUGAUUCUCAGUUACACUGUGGUUAUUUUAUAGUUAUUUUACAGUGAUCUGGAAAUUAUUUAUUUUCAUUUUGUAUUUUAUGUCAACUUGUGGCAUGACUUUCAAAUAAAAGAUGAAACCUUA